AUGCAGGCGCUGCGUGUGUGCGUGUGCCGGUGCCAUGCAACAACGUCACAACAAACGUGCUGCGACUCGGUGACCCUCACAUCGUUGUGGUCCUCACGAACAGCCCAGGCACGGCCCACACCGAUGCACUUAGUGGACGGAGUGAGGCAUCUUUUGAGGCGCAGCAGGGAACAGGAUGUGUUGACGCAGCCACGACGCGCAUGGAGUGUCACGAUGGCACAGCCGGCUGUGGCUGGUGGAAUAUUUACUUCUCGGAGGCAAGAGAGAGAGAGAGAGCUGCUCCUGCUGCUGGCGUCGUUGCUGCCUUUUGUGGCCUCCCAUGCCAAUUAA